AUGACGGAGUUUACUUAUAACAACAGUUAUCAAGCAAGCAUUAAGAUGGCACUGUUUGAAGCCCUGUAUGGAAGAAAGUGUAGAUCACCUUUUCACUGGAGUGAAGUAGGUGAGAAGCUGAUUUUGGGUCCAGAAGUAGUCCAGGAAGCUGAAAGUAAGGUUCGCCUUGCUCGAGAGCGGUUGAUUGCAGCUCAAAGUAGACAGAAGAGCUAUGCGGAUAAGCGUCAGCCACAAUUGGAAUUCCAAGUAGGAGAUCACGUCUUUUUGAAGGUCUCACCACCGAAAGGAAUUAAGAGAUUCGACAUUCGAGGAAAGUUCAGUCCUUGGUUUAUUGGACCUUAUGAGAUUUUGGAGCGUGUAGGCUCGGUAGCUUAUUGGCUUGCUUUACCGCUGAAUCUUUCGGGAGUACACAAUGUAUUUCAUGUUUUCGCGCUCCGGAAGUAUGUUUUCGAUCCAGCUCAUGUUUUGGGUUCUACGUUGUUGAAGCUAUGGGAAGACUUGAGCUUUGAGGAGCAACUCGUGAGGAUUUUGGCUCCAGAGGUGAAGGCUUCAGAAUCGUGA